GGAAAGUUUUUAAGUGAGAAUUUAAAGCAGAAGAUUUCUUAACGUAAGAAACCGACGACUGGAACGCUUGGCCAGCUAUAUAAAUAGCGAAACCAUUGAAGACCUUCGCGGCACCAAAACUAAGCAAACAUACGAGCGAGUAACAUAGGAAGAAGGAAGAAAAGAAAACGUGAGAAAUAGAGAGGGGUUGUCGGAUAGAAAGAAAGGGGGUGAGAAUGGGGGAAAACGAUCGUCGUCGGAGGUGCAGUAGCAAGGUCGCUGGACCGUUUUCACGAUGGAGGAAGAGGGGAAGGCCGGAGUUGUCACCGCCGGACCAAUCUGCGGCCGCUGAAGAAUGAAAUCGCCGCCGCCAGAGACUUGCUUCUCUCCCUGCGCCGUUCUACUCGCCGCCGCGCCGUCGUAGAAGGUAGAUUGGGUGAAGACCAAGUUAGAGAAAUUUCUUAGAAUAAUUGCAGUUGAGCAAAGUUGUGAAACUUUCUUACGUCAAACCAGCGAUCAAGAAGGUCACUUCCAAGCAUUCCUUGAAACAGAUGACGCGCAUAUGGUCAGAAGAUUUCGGUAGUGGUUGCUUACUCCGAUGCGGAUUGGGCUGGCUGUCCCGAUAGUUGUCGCUCCACCACAGGCUUUGCUAUUUUUCUGGGUGGAAAUCUUAUUUCUUGGAGGUCCAAGAAGCAGCCUACCGUCUCAAAAUCCUCCACUGAAGCUGAAUAUCGGGUUGUGGCAUAUACUGUUCAGGAUAUGCUGUUUAUUCGAUCUCUUUUGGCAGAUAUGGGCAUCUUGGUCUCGGAUCCGGUCAAGCUUUUUUGUGAUAAUGUUUCUGCCUCUUACCUUGUUGUUAAUCCUAUUCAGCAUGAUCGCAGCAAACACAUUAAAAUUGACUAUCAUUUUGUACGUGAACGAGUAGUUCAUGGGGAUCUUGUUGUCAGAUACAUUCCUACUCAGUUCCAGCUUGCGGAUAUUUUCACGAAGAAUCUCACUAGUCAGCAUUUUGAGUUUUUACGUUCCAAUCUGCACGUGGUUUCCCCUGCACAGAUUGAGGGGGUGUAAUAACGUAGUUAUAUUAUUAUUAUUAUUACUAAUGACCAUUGUGUAAUUCCUUUACCUUGAUUAGUAUAAAUACAUGUCUAAGGCUACCACAUUGGUAAGCCAUUACUUCCCG